AUGGCAUUAGCUUUUGGCAAAGGAACACACAGGGUGAGAAAAUCCAGGGAACGCAUUCCAAAGUGUAGGAAGAAUCUAGAGAAACUGUAUUCAAACCCCGAGGAUGUUGAUGGGAAGGAACUGCCUGUUAUCACUGGAGUGUUUGACAAAGAUGCCACAGGUUCUGAUUUUGAUGGGUAUUUCUUGUUCUAUCGGCAAGUGGCCGAGAUGCUGCAGCAGCACAUGAGUCGGACUGAAAUUGCCUCGCCGUCAGUCGCAGUCACAGUCUCCCAGAUGUGGAACGAUAUGUCCAGUGAUGACAAGGAAACGCUUGCAACUCUUGCUGCUUUGGAAGGGAGUCAAGAUUCAAAUUCUAGCUCCGGGCUCAGUGAUGAUUUGCAAGAGCUUGACGUCAAACCACUAGACUCUUCACAUUUCAUUGAUGCUUCAAAGAUUGGUAUUUUCAAGAGAAAUCUCCAAGGUGUACCAAAUGUCCCCAGUCUUCCGACUGUGUCAGAAACUGCACAAAGAGUUCUCGGAGCAGUCCCCGGUAGUCAGGACGUUCAGGAAGUCCCCAAGAGUUACCUUCCUUCUCUCGAUGACUGUGUUGACUCGUUGGAACACAGCACUGAGGAGAUGGCCAUCAUCAAUCUGGCAUUUCAAGACCAGGAAGGACUCUCACAUCUGGGAUUUGACCGCACUGAGGCUAAUCAAGAGUUUACGACAAGCAUUGCAGCAAGCAAUGACUACUCGGGCUCGGAGACCUCACAGAUAGUGCCGGACAUCACGAACAUCAUCAAGAGGGACGUCCUCCUCAGCUCUAGUCAGUCCCCCACAGCUGUCACAGCCCAUACCUAGUGCUGAAGGUCACUCACACAAUGUACUUGCAGUGUGAAUCAGUUUUCGUAUAAUGAGGUUGCAAUUGUGUAAAGUAAAUUGGUUUAUUAGUUUUUAAUCUCUCUUGUCAAUAAAUUUCAAACAUUG